UAGCCCUAACUUUCUGCGCAUGCUCAGAUGGUUAAAAGUGAAUGCACGGUCGAGCAGAAUGGCUACGGACAGUACUCUGCUCCUCGGCUUAGUGGAGGAAUUUGUUUCGGGACAGCAGGACACCAAAGCCACAGAGACUGCUAAAGGAGUCAAGACUGGUCAAUUUACUGUUUUGCAGCUGGUGGAGGCAUUGGGAUUGAGUCUGACCAGCUCUCAGCAGGAGACACGUGCCCGAGGGGUCAAGCUCCUGUCUCAGGUCCUGCAAGAAUGUUACAGCUACCUGAACGAGAGAGAGGUGGAGGUCCUGGUAGCGUUCUAUGAAAACCGACUGAAAGAUCACUAUGUCAUCAUCCCACCCGUUCUUCAGGGACUCAAGGCUCUGACAAAGUCUUCAGCUUUGCCGCCUGGGUCAGCUGUGUCCAUACUGAAAUCUGUCUUCCAGGAUACACAUGUGCAGUCUCUGAUGAUUCAGGAGCGAUCAUGUGUGUACAACAUCCUGAUGAACCUGAUGGAGUCUCGAGAGCAGGAGCUGAAGGGUCUGGGUUCAGACUUCGUCUUUGGGUUUGUUCAGUCGAUGGAUGGCGAGCGUGAUCCACGGAACCUCCUGCUGUCGUUCCAGAUCGCUGGGAACAUUAUCGCCCAUGGCUACGAGAUGGGUAAAUUCACAGAGGAGCUGUUUGAAGUCACAUCCUGCUAUUUCCCCAUAGACUUCACACCGCCUCCCAAUGAUCCACACGGGAUAACACAGGAGGAUCUCAUCCUAUCUCUCAGAGCUGUGCUGACUGGAACGCCACUGUUUGCUGAGUUCCUGAUGCCCCUCAUCAUUGAGAAGCUGGACUCAGAUGUGCAGAGUGCCAAAGUUGACUCUCUACAAACACUGGCUGCCUGUGGGCCUGUGUACGGACACAAAGAGCUGGCCCAGUUCCUGUCAGGCCUCUGGUCAUCUCUACGCAGAGAGGUGUUCCAGACUGCGAGUGAACGCGUGGAGACGGCUGCUCUGUCUGCUCUGAGCGCUUUGACUGCUUGUCUGUCUCGGUCCGUCAUCUCCUCAGACUCCGACGACUCGCUGCACACACUCCUGGACCUCGUGCUCAAAGACUGUCAGCACCACCUGUUGGAGCCGGACCUGAAGCUCGUCUGGCCCAGUGCCAAGAUCCUGCAGGCGGUGGGCGGAGCUUCAUAUAGGGCGUGUCUGAGGGUGGGAUCCGCUGUGGUUCCGUUGCUGCUGGAGCAAUACAUCAACAGAACACAGAGUGCUCAGCGGCGCACCCUACUGGAGGUGCUGCAGGGGUUCAUCCAGCCCACCGAGGCCAGCAGACCUGCUGAAGGAGAGGAGAACGUCCUGCUGCCGUUCCAGUCGUCUCUGUGUGGUGUGGUGUUCUCCGCCCUCAGCGAGAGUGGAGCAGGGCUACAGACCACAGCCACACGCAUACUCACCGCCCUGGGACAGCAGUCAGGUGUGCUGACCCCUCCUGAUGUGGACCUGGCGGUGGAUCACCUGACCACUCUCAUCCUGCAGGAGGACGACCCUCAAGUCAGUGGGGCCGUAGUGGAGUGUUGUGGGUCCCUGGCUCCUCUUCACCCUUCAGCCUUCACCUCCAGGAUGGUGCCCAAACUCAAGGAGCACAUCUUCACUGAGCCGAUGGUCCAGGGGAAUGGCCCCUCUCCAGAUGAGUUGGGCUCCCAGAAUGCCGUGCGGCAGAGGUGUGUGACUGCGCUGGCUCGUGUAGCGUGUGAACCGAGCCUGGUGCAGGAGAGUACACCUGUGUUACUGCAGGUGCUGACGGCUGCUCACACAGGUGGCGGCUCUUUCUCGGUGGAUGAGGUCAUCUCUGUGUGCCACAGUCUGCAGAGGAUAGCAGAGCACGCCCCACACAUGGAGGCAGAGAUUGGCCAGUUCUUCCAUGAUGUCAUCAUUCCGCGACUGCUGGGGCUGGCCUUACAGGCUGCAGUACAGGAUGAAGGGCCUUGUGGGCGGAGUCCUCUUGUGGAGGAGGCGGUCCUUUCUGCUGUGGCUCCAGUUAUCAGCAGUUGCUGCUCUCGUUUGAAUGCAGACUGUGCCAAGUUGAGUGCGUCUCGAGCGGUUUCCCUCUUCCUCAACGGAGACGUGGCAUUUCUGCCCAACAACAACCUGCCCACCAACACACAGCUCCUAAAGACUCCGUCCCCUCAGGUGUCCCAGCUGGUGUGUCUCCUCACGGCGAGUGUGUGUUCGCUGCCACGGAGUGUGGAGAUCCCAGAGAUCGACAGGCUGCUGAAGGAUCUUGAGGAAGUCAGCUGUACACACACACAUUCUUUCACACACACAUUUGCGGCUAAGUGUUACGCAGGGCUCAUCAACAAGAGGCCAAACGGCCCUGCUCUGGAUGCAGUUCUGGAGCGCAGCAUGAAGAGGGUCAGUGUUGAGCUGGACAAUAGCGCCUCCUGUCUGCGGACACAGGCACUGACACUGCUGCUCUGGGUGACCAAAGCUCUGCUGCUGCGAUAUCACCCGCUCUCUACAACCCUGACAGACAAGCUCUUCUCGUUGCUAAGCGACAGGGCGUUAGGCCCCCUGGUGGCUGAUGGGUUCUCUCUCCUCAUGAGCGACUCGUCAGAUGUGCUCAACCGCAGUUGCCAUGCCGACGUGCGCAUCAUGUACCGCCAGCGCUUCUUCUCGGAGAACUCCGCCAAACUGGUGCAGGGCUUCAACUCCGCCCCCCCAGAAGAGAAGGCUGGCUAUCUGAAGGCUCUGUCCCACAUCAUGAACAACCUGCCCAGGGAGGUGCAGAUGACCGAGCUCCCUGCGCUGCUGCCACUGUUCCUGGAGGCGUUGUCUUGUCCAGAUGUUGGGGUUCAGCUCUCCACCCUGUCCUGCCUGCAGCCCGUGCUGCUCGACCCCCCCUCAGCCCUGACCAAUCAGCUGGAGUCGCUCAUCCCACGAGUACUCACACUCACCACCAGCCGUGCUAUGAAAGUGCGCAUAACCUCCCUGCGCUGUGUCCACUCCCUCUCCCGCCUGCCUGAUCACAUGUUGCUGCCAUUCCGAGCGCGUGUGCUCCGAGCUCUGGCAGCUCCGCUGGAUGACAAGAAGAGACUGGUCAGGAAGGAGGCAGUACUCGCCCGAGGGGAGUGGUUCCUGCUAGGAAGCCCAGGAAGGUGAGCCGGGGUGUGAGAGACGAUGAGGAGGAAGAGGAGGAGAGAGACGAAGAGGAGGAGAGAGAUGUGGAGACAAGUUUAUGUACAGUCGACCCCCCAUUUUUGCCUUUUCCUGUUUUCUGCUUCUGACCCAAAACACGCACAACAGUCAAGCACUGCUGCCUUGGCAACUCCUGCCUGGAGACCACGCCCACUGAGAAACAGGAAGUGAGCUCACACUGCUAACCCUGGGCUUUUGACCCAUCUCUGUGCUGAUUGGUCAGUGGGCUGCGAGGUGAAAGGUGUACUGAAACCUGCCCCGCCCACCGACCGAAACAUGUCUAAUAUCAGUCAAGGAAGAAGGAGACACACACACACACACACACAUACCCAUACACACACACACACACACACACACACACACACACACACACACACACACACACACACACACACACAUUAGUAUUGGAAUAGAUGUUCAUUUGGAAUCAUGGUAACCAUCCUCUCAGUAACACAGCAAAUACAAAAACAUGUUGUAAUGGACCAUAUUUAAAUGUCAGUAAGUGAAGCAGUCAUUAAAACAUUUUGUAUGAUUAA